AUGGAGCAGAAGGAAGCAGCGCCUUGUGAGGAUGGGACUGCCGUCUCCCCCUGCACAGAGGCCCCGGGCGCGCCAGGGGAUGGAGUCUCUGCAGAGCCGGAGGCCAAAGACUCGGCAGGGAGGACCAGCAAAGUGCCAUCUGCGGAGGGGAAGGGGGCGCAGGACAGAGCACCAGCGGAGAACGGCCCCACGGCUGAAUCCCCAGGGGAUGGAAAUGGGCAGGGGGAGGCCAAGGCUGAGGCAGGCGGCAGCGUGGGGGCUGGACUCCCCAAGGAAGACGGCAGCAAGGAGGAGGAGAGCACGGCAGCUCCCGAGGAUACGAGUGACAGCAAAGAUGAGACCCAGUCGGCCACCCAGGAGGCACCCACGGCCAGUGACGAGAAGGCGCCUGAGAAAGAGGCCAGCCCCAAAGCGAAGGAGGCCGACGUGAAUGAGGAGCCCAGGACAGCCCUGGGAGAGCAGGACCCUGCAGCUGGGACCCCCGAGAAAGCCAAGGCCCCAGCGGCCCCCGCAGAUUCUGAGAAGACCGUUGUCGGGGACACGCAGGCCCAGCCAAAGGAGGAGGGCUCCCCGGAGGAGGUGAAGCCAGACGGUCCCCACGAAGAGCAGGCCCAGGGUGUGGAGAAAGAAUCAGAGGAAGGGGCAGGAGGGGUCCCCAGCUCCCCCGAGGUGUGGCCCGAGAGCCCCACGGAGGAGGGGUUCAGCCUCAGCCCAGAUGGGCUGAGUCCAGACGCCGCUGCUUCUGGGCAGACCAGCCCUUCAGCCAGUGAGUCCUCUGCCAGCGACGUGCCGCAGAGUCCCACGGAGCCGCCUCCCGCCCAGGAGAAGAAGAAGGAGAAGGCGCCGGAGCGCAGGGCGAGCGCCCCCUCCCGGCCGCGCGGGGCCCGCGCACAGAACCGCAAAGCCAUCGUGGACAAGUUCGGCGGGGCCGCCUCGGGGACGCUGUUCCGCAACCCCAAGGCGGCGGGGGCGGCCAUCGGCAGCGUGAAGAGCAUGCUUCUGGAGUGGUGCCGCGCCAUGACCAGAAACUACGAGCACGUGGACAUCCAGAACUUCUCGUCGAGCUGGAGCAGCGGCAUGGCCUUCUGCGCGCUCAUCCACAAGUUCUUCCCCGACGCCUUCGACUACGCGGCGCUGGACCCCGCGCAGCGCCGGCACAACUUCACCCUGGCCUUCUCCACGGCAGAGACGCUGGCCGACUGUGCCCAGCUGCUGGAGGUGGACGACAUGGUGCGGCUGGCGGUGCCUGACUCCAAGUGCGUCUACACCUACAUCCAGGAGCUAUACCGCAGCCUCGUGCAGAAGGGGCUGGUGAAGACCAAGAAGAAAUGA